AUGUCAAAUAUGGAUAAUAAAAAAAGUGAAGACUUUAAAUUUUAUUUAAUAUUAAUGAAUAUUAGUAAGAGACAAAAUUUUGGGGCUCUAUUGCGAAGUGCUUGUGGCUUUGGUGUAUCUGAAGUACUUGCUGUAGGGAAAAGAAAACUUAGGACUUUUGGUAACAAGGGGACUCUACCUUAUAUUAGCUUAACAUACUAUGAUACUCUAGAAGAAGUAGUAGAAAUAGUUCAUGCUGAAGAAAUGGAUAUUGUGGGUAUUGAGAUUAAUGAGAACUCUUUACCAGUUUACCCACAUCCAUUUAGACGCUCUACAGCAUUUAUACUUGGGAAUGAGGGUACUGGUCUAAGCCAAAGACAAAUAGAUAUAUGCGAUUAUCUUGUCUAUAUUCCAAUGUAUGGUUCUGGUACUGCAUCAUUAAAUGUAGCUAUAGCAGGUUCUAUUUUAUUUCAUCACUUUGCUUUGUGGGCCAAAUUUGACGAGUCUCAUCGUACUGGUCAGAAGUACACUUUAGGUGAAUACUUAGAUAAGAAAUCUGGACAGUAUAUACAUGGAAAAUUGAGGCAUUAUCUAAAUCCUUCACCAUUUGGUAAGUUUUGA